CCCGCCGCGGGGAGAAGCGACAUCAGCAGCACGUCAGCAACAGAAGGGGAAAGAAACCCAGGGACAAAGGGAAAACACUACCACAGGACCUGACUGUACUGGUAAACAAACAUCAGCUCUCCGCGGGCGAACAGGAAAUGAGCGCGGCCUCGUAAAGCCCCACGGUCAUCUGAAGGGCCUGUGCGCAUCAUCCUGGGAUCGCUGCGACAUCUCUGCCUGGCAACGCGGCGCGAGUCGGUCCUGCGUGGAGACGGCCGACGGGCUGAAUAUCAUCAUCACACCAGCUUCUGUCAGAAUCUGGAUCCCCGGGCUGGGGUGAGCCUCGAGCCUGAACCUGCAGCUUUCUGUCUUUCGUUACUUCUUCUUUCCCCCCUCUCUGGUCGCCACCCUGUCGAACGUGGUCUGUGGCUCGGCGCAACGGCUGUGGAUUUUGACACGAUUUGGACAUGCGACUAUGACCCGGAAGACAAGUCCAGCCUGUUCACCGCCCGACCAGCUAUUUUCCUCGGCACUCCCGGUCGUGACGGGCGUCGGAGUGGAGGUGGGUACAAGAAGGUGCAGGAGUGGGAAGCUGGGCACAGGCCGAGCUGUCAUCAAGAAUUCAAGGUUCGGCACCAGCUCCAUCCAGCAGCACCAGCACCAGCAGCAGGGCAAACGCGACACGACUGGGCCAACUGGGCACUAUCGGGCUCGCACACCAUCACAACUCAGCAGUCUCUAUCCAUCCUCCUUGCCCCUGAUAGGGAGGGAGAGAGAGUGAGAGAGCGAGAGAUCGCACCAACGGAGCUUGCCAACGCGACUCACACACACACACUCACACUCAUUUGCGUGCACCUCGUUUGCCAAUUCGUCCCAACUGACCGUCACCACCCAAGCGGACACGCACGCAGCCUGCAGGAGGCACCGUCACUUGGCCGUUUAGCCUGUCCCCCAAUCUGCCUGUCUGCCCGUCUGCCCGCCACCUGCUUAAUCCUACCCGCCUAGUCGGUCCCGUCCUCGAGCCAACACCACCAGCCCCCUCGAUUUUCCAAUGCGACGGAUCGUGGCGCAUCCUUGCAACUGCCACUGUCCCUGCGACAACCUCGCCGGCCCUCAGGACCGCCCCAAUUGACAUUUCCUGCUGGCUGUUCGUUUCUCCUCUCGCUGUGUACUGCCUAACAGCUUCGACUGCCCCCAAUUGACUUUGCCUGCUGCCUUUCGUCAUCCCAACACACAAAACCUAAACUUGACUUUUCCCCCGUCACCACUCGCCUGGGUGGUGAUUCUUCACCUUGUCCACCACCAUAGUACCCUCUGGUGAUAAGGGUAAGGCGACCGCAAAGGUGACCGACCCAGACCAAUCCCCUUCUUACGACCGUUACGAACGUUACGAAUCCCCCGAUCCACCCCAGCAGCGCCAGCAGCGCCCUCUCCGCCGAUCCCAGACUCCGAUCUCUCCUGAGCAGAGCUCCAGGUCAGGUGCCUCAACGCCGCUCUCGCACCGAGGCUUGCGCCGCACCCCCCGUUUUGUUGGCACCCCGAGCCCGCCUCCAAACCAGCCUGCCUCGCCGCCGAGACGAGUUCACUUGGAGGCAGUCUCUGUCGGCAUCAGUCCCGGGGGGCUCUUCGCCACAGCUGAUCCCCAACGGACACCUGACCCACCCGCGACGAAAGAUCGGCUGCGACCCAUUCGACAGCUCUCCCAGGACUUGCUCAGCGAUCCCCUCGAGGAGGCUUCGACCACUCUCCCACCGUCCUUCAUCCCUCCAAGGAGCUCGUCCUCAAACAGAACACACCGGAAGACCGCACACCCGGCUGUGCACAUCUCCCAGCAUACCCACAGUGCGAUUCUUUGGGCCCUCGAGGAAGCGUUGAGACAGCCUAACCCUUUCACCCCGGACCUGAUCGAGGAGAACGCGUCCAUGGCCGAUCUACGAGGUGCCGGCGGCCAACCCGCCGUCACGAAUGGCUUCUCCCCUUCUGCGCCGAGGCCGACGGCUCCGCCUGCUCAGACUGGUUCCCCGUCUGGAAUCAAGGGCCCGAGGAUGAUCAUGCGCGAGCGUCAGGCGAGGGAGGAGCGGCAGCGUGCAGAGCGUGAUCGAUUGGAGCGCCAGCACGCGGAAAACGAGGCACGACUGGUUGAAGAGCAGCAAAGGAGAAUGACGGAGCGCAGGCCCUCGGCUGCUGGCGCUGGACCAACCACCGGCAUGGCCCAAGGGGCUGAUCCCUCCGCGGCCAUGCCCACCCACACGCUGGACCCCGCCGAGAACACGCAGCGCAGACAGCAACAGCCUUCGGCGCCACACGCGCAACAGCCCUCACUUCGACCCCACCAAUCGAGCCAGUCACACCGUCAGUCACGGACCUCUGCCGCACAGCAACAGCAAGCUCAUCAAUUCUCCGGUUUGCCGGACAGCGGUGGCGCCGGCGAGCAGAUGCCGAGCGCACCAGCGGCUCAGCCUGGCGACGCCUCCACGACCACCAAAGCCCAGCCGAGGAACUCAUUCCCUCAUGCCUUCGAGCGAUGGGAGGCACUGUCAGCUCACUGGGAGGGCCUGACUUCGUUCUGGAUACGGAAGCUGCAACAACACGCGGACGAAAUCGACCGAGAUCCCGUGUCAGCGCAGCUUUCCCGGCAAGUGAGCGAUCUGUCGGCAGCUGGCGCAAACCUAUUUCAUGCCGUGGUUGAGCUCCAACGGCUCCGGGCAAGCUCGGAGCGCAAGUUUCAAAGAUGGUUUUUUGAGACUCGGUCCGAGCUGGAACGGCACGAGGAGACAAAGGCGUCCCUGGAGCGGGCGCUGAGAGAGGAGCGCCAGUCCAAGGCAGCCGCUAUCCAAGAGGCAGUCGAAAAUGAGCGUGCCAACAACAAGACCCAGAAGCGCGUCAACGAGAUGCAGAAAGAGCUCCUCAUAUCAAAAGAGGAGGCGCGGCGGGCUUGGGAGGAACUGGGCCGCCGGGAGCAGGAGGAACGCGAUCGCACGUUCUCCCUGCAGCAAGGCUUACCUACUAUUGUCGGGGGCGUGCAGGUGGUGCCAAUGACCCAAGGUGUGCCCAGCAGGGGACCAAGCAGCCGAGAGUCGCGACAGGCACAGCAGCCCGAGCUGCCACCACAGCAGUCUCAGUACCCCCCGGGUAAGCCUCCCCCGCCGGCAGCCCCAAGCUCAGGCGCAGGUGGGGGCUACUACCAGUCACCACAAGACAUCGAAGAGGAGCGGCCAUACACUGCCGAAGGAGGAUCAGAGGCGGGCUACAGCGAAGAAGAAUACGAGACUCCUUCGGCGCAACCUGGCGUUAGCUACCCUCCUUCGGCCUCUCAGUGGUCCGGGACGUACACCUCUAGCCAGCCUGACUACACAGGCACUGGCUAUGCUGCUCCUGGCUGGGAGACAAUGCCCCGCCACCACCACCCAACGCGACUCAGCGACGUGCUCGAAGAAGAUGAGACGCGUAGCCGGACGAGCGCUAGCCAGAGCCAAGUCAGCCGGGCCUAGGCCUCCUCGUGGCGCUUCGCCGAAGUGUGUCGGUUCCACCGGCUACUUCCUCCCGGUGCCCGGCGGCUUCCCGACACUCCUGACGUUCAAGAUGCCGGUGUUGCAAGUUGCGGGUGGAAGAGUUCUAUGGUGCCUGACAGGACCGGUAGGGGUCUCACCCGGCGGCGCAAACAUACCUGGCGGCCGCUGGGUGCUGAGAUGUGCCCUGUCGCAUCUUUUGGUUACAUAUGGGGAGAAUUUCGGACACAAGGCAUUGGACACCCCGGCAGUAUUUUAUUGCAUAGCAUGCAUGCAUCGGCGGCAUACGGCGACCAAGGUCAUUUUUUCGUUUCAUUUGCAAUUGAGGCAGGCACGACGUGUUGUUACCAAGUGUACACGAUCGAACUGCGACUGAUACCAUUUUUUGUACGCCCACACAGAUAUUCUGUGUGUGUUCUACUCCAUGCAGCCGAGCAGUUCUUUGGGGACGGGGGUUGGGGGCGGGGGACGGGCCAGAUCUGCGCUGGAAGGAGUUCUUGUUGUACUGGAUUAUUUCUUUGGAGGACGUUUAAUGCUCCGUCGGAAAAUGGACCGUCUGAUCGGUCGAAUUCUUGGCGGAAGAGGGCGACGAGACCCGACAGCACUGGGACCCUGGGGACUCCAGACCCCCUCGGAAGGAACAUCUUCAGACCGUUGGGCCCUGGCCUGGGGCGUGAGCGCAAGUCUGGCGCAGGGAUCGAAGUGAGGAGAGGAACAUGGGCUCGUCACCCUCGAUUCCAUGCACCAGACGGGUGCCCGCUGUGGCCACUCUGGGAUGGGCUGGGCGAGACUGGCCCCCUGGGCCCACAACCUACCUGCCGCAGAGAGCUGACGCGGGCGGCACGACGGGGCGGGAUAAUAGAAGUCGGAAGGAGGUGGAAGACCAGAAGAGCGUAAUGUAAUUUUAUCUUCGUGAAGUAGCGAGAGUAUUUGUCAGAAGCCCAUGGCUGGCAGAAAGCCGGCAGCGAUGAACAAGAGGCGAUAAUCUGCACAGUCCAGGUGAAGACGCCGUGAGAGUAUCCGUGAGGAAUUGGCCGUGUGGCAUGUGUCUUUGGUCUGAGCUGGAAGUGAGGUGGACAGGGGACGGUACACACAGCGUGUGAAGUCACUGAGCUCUAGAAGUGAGGUGACCCACACUGCGGCGAGAAAUGCAUGUGGACGGAGGCGGCCGCCCCACAC